UGGAGGGGGUAUAGAGCGCUGCUAUCCUUUAAUCCGUGUCCUUUUCCCCUAAGGGUGGUUUUGUAGCGCUGCCAACACUUUAAUAACAUACACCGAGCAGCAACAUCUCCGAAGGAAUCCUUUUCCUCCCCUGUCGGGGUGGGAAGUUCGUUGUCUGCAGCCGCCGGCGGAACUUGAGCGGUGUGGUACGUGUUGCUGCCAGGCCCGGAAGCGGUGUGGCCCGUUAUUACCUCAGCGCUGGUCUCUCUUGUAAUCCCAAGCCAGAUUCAUUGAGGGAGGAAAGGGCUGGAUGACUUAAGGAAGGAGUAUAUAGGAGUGUAUAUACUGCUGUAAGACUUUAUAUGUCAAAACUUUUGUCAUCCAUGACUGUCAGAUGAGACUGUUGUUAUGGUCCAGACAGCAACAGGCUCUAUCUGUUGUGAAUUUGUGAUUUCCUUGCAGGGGAUGCUGUUUUAUAGCUAUACACGUGGCAUCUUUCAGAAAUCUUCUUGAGUAUCAAACCUGUUAACUGUCUUACUGGAAGUGAAUUCUUCAAGUGCACCAAUAUGGCUCUGGCUGCCACGUUGCUGUACAACGCUUACUUUUGUGGGAGAUGCUGCAGGCACAAAGCUUUGAAGCCCUUACUUGGACCUCUUCUCAGUGAUUCCAUGUUAAAAUCAUACAGCAGCUACAGAAGGCCAGGAUCGCAGCCUGAGAAAAAACCAACUUGGCAAAAUGUGGAUCUCAGUUUUAAGAAGAGCAUUGAAGUCUUAAAGACCCAGCUAAGCAUGCUGAAGAAGGAGACCGAAGAUCACUUAGCUGGACCUGGAGGCCAGUCAUUAACCCAUUACAUGUUGGAACAGACAAGGGUGGUGUGGGAGUUUCGGGGCCAAGAAGAUUUAAAUAAAUGGGUUAUUUCAUCUGAUGUAGAGAUUGGAGGGAAAAGUGAAGUUUACCUCAAAUUGGGUAGGAAUAACCAGACUGCCUUGCUGUAUGGAAUCAUCAAUACAGAAGUACCUCGUGAUGGGGAGACAAAAUACAGUGGAUAUUGUAGUAUGAGAUCUAAACCACUAGUGGGAUCUUUUGCUAGGAAGAAGUAUUACGACUGGUCAAACUUCAACAGUCUGUAUUUACGUGUGCGUGGUGAUGGCAGACCCUGGAUGAUAAACAUUUACACAGACCCUUACUUCUCUCACCAAAAGGAAGACCUCUACAACUACUUCAUGUUCACCCGUGGUGGCCCAUACUGGGAGGAAAUAAAGAUUCCAUUCUCCAAAUUCUUCAUCUCCAGUCGGGGCAGAGUGCAGGAUGACCAGCAUCCUAUCUGGCUAGACAAGAUUAGUACCCUGGGAUUCACUAUUGGAGAUAAAGUAAAUGGUCCAUUCCAGUUGGAAAUUGAUUUUAUUGGCCUGCUGAAUGAUAGAGCUCAUACAGAAGAGUUUGCCUAUGAAACAUAUGAAAAGAAUCCUCCACUCUAAGCUGGGCAGGUGGCUUUUGGGACAUCCUUCAGCUGCUUUAUUUCUAUAAAACACUUCUGAAGUUGUGGCUUAUCACAGCUUGAAGAUUCUAAGUAAGCAUUACAGUGACACUGUUGGCAUCUUCAAGCUGCCAGACGCAGGAUCCUGGAGAGACUGUACAUACAUGGACUGGAAUACAGCCUGCGGGUGACCCAGUAGGAGCUGGUGACUGGGUAAGUUCUAGCUUUUGUCCUGACCUUAACAGAAAUAAAAGUAUUUCAUAAGCUUC